GGCGUGGACCUCAUGUAGAAAUGACAACAAUGGAAGGGGCCAGCGGGUCAAGUUUUGGAAUAGAUACGAUUUUGUCCAGUGCCAGUUCGGGCAGCCCCGGCAUGAUGAAUGGAGAUUUCCGUCCGCUCGGCGAGGCCAGGACCACGGAUUUUAGGAGUCAGGCCACCCCGUCCCCCUGCUCGGAGAUUGAUACCGUAGGAACGGCGCCUUCUUCUCCAAUCUCGGUCACGAUGGAGCCCCCGGAGCCACAUCUGGUAGCAGACGGGCCCGAGCACCACCACCACCUCCACCACAGCCAGCAGCCGCCGCCUCCAGCCGCGGCUCCGACGCAAAGUUUGCAGCCUUCGCCCCAACAACAGCUGCCGCAGCAGCAGCAGCCGCCGCCGCCUGCCCAGCAGCUGGGCUCGGCAGCCUCGGCCCCCAGGACUUCCACCUCUUCUUUUUUAAUUAAGGACAUCUUGGGCGACAGCAAACCUUUGGCGGCGUGUGCACCCUACAGUACCAGCGUCUCCUCUCCCCAUCACACCCCGAAGCAAGAGACAAACGCAGUGCACGAGAGCUUCAGGCCAAAGCUGGAGCAGGAGGAGAGCAAAACCAAACUCGACAAGCGGGAAGAUUCCCAGAGCGACAUCAAAUGCCAUGGAACAAAGGAAGAAGGAGACCGGGAGAUUACCAGUAGCCGAGAGAGUCCCCCUGUGAGAGCCAAGAAGCCUCGCAAAGCCAGGACGGCUUUCUCAGACCACCAGCUCAAUCAACUGGAGCGUAGCUUUGAGCGGCAAAAGUACCUGAGCGUGCAGGAUCGCAUGGAUUUGGCUGCUGCACUCAACCUCACUGACACCCAGGUCAAGACCUGGUACCAGAACCGCAGAACCAAGUGGAAAAGGCAGACUGCGGUGGGCCUGGAGCUGUUAGCCGAGGCAGGGAACUACUCGGCGCUGCAGAGGAUGUUUCCGUCGCCUUAUUUCUACCACCCAAGCCUGCUGGGCAGCAUGGACAGUACCACCGCGGCAGCGGCCGCCGCUGCCAUGUACAGCAGCAUGUACCGGACUCCUCCGGCGCCCCAUCCCCAGCUGCAGCGGCCCCUCGUACCCCGCGUGCUCAUCCACGGCCUGGGACCCGGGGGGCAGCCGGCCCUGAAUCCUUUGUCUAAUCCCAUCCCGGGCACCCCGCACCCCCGGUGA